UUUUGUUUUUCUCGCCUCUGCCUUCACUUUUUUCAUGUAUCUGUAUUUCUCGCAGGAGACGGUUCAAAGCAGCGGCGGUAAGCUAAACAGCCGCCACAUUGAGGAGUUCGACAUCGACCAGUGCUGGGACGAGCGCGUCUUGCGCAAACUCUUGGACGAGUGCACGGACUACGAUCAGCGGCGCCGACUGCGCUCGCGCAUCCGCACACUCAUGGCUGAACAAGAAGCAUGUGCGAGCGCCGUGACUGACGCCCUGGCAGCGGCCGGAGAGACGGUCGAAACGGAGGAGCAGUCCGGAGAGCGCGGUGAGUCUCUUCUCCUACCGCUGCUGCAGGGCCUGCUGCAGGGCGGCGGGCAGCGCUUGCUGGCCGGCCUCGGCGCCGCCUCCCAUGACGUCGUGGCCGAUGUACGGCGCUCGCUGCAACGCCUGCGUCUCGCACUCGCCCCCCCCAAUGACCAUCCUCAAGCUCGAGCCCUACUCGCUUUAGCCGACAGACUCGAGGACGCUCUGGAUGCCGCCGAUAGGCUCGACGGAUGUAAACGAAAGCCGCGACGCCGCAGUCGUACGCUAAGACAUACUGUCGGUGUUACUCGAGAGGAACUCGAGGAAGCGCGGCGAAUGGUCGACAGAGAUCAAUUGUUACCAGAGGCAGCAAAACCUAUAACUCCACCGACAUCCUCCACGGUAUCAACGGCACCUAGUAUUGAGGAAACAUCGACUCCUGAGAGGAAACAAAGUAUAGAUGAUCAGGUCAGUUAUCAUAAUGCCGUUGAAUCACGACAAAAAACCGCUCCUCAAGUACAUAACGCUAGCUACGACCCCACGCCUAUAAUAAACAGAGAUGCUUGUGUCGUUGAAAGACGAGCUCCUCAACCCAGAAAACCGGAGUUCUUUAGACAUUCUAUAGCGGAUACAGCUCACCAAGACCUUUCGAAGAGUGCCGCUGAACGCUGGAAUUCUGAAACAAAAAGUAGUAUUAUGGCCAUUGCAAAUAAAUUUGAUACCAAAGUGCAAAAAGAAACACUCGCCCCGAUUAGAAGAGCACCUAUCAGUAGACCAACUGUCACGAUACAACAAAAAAAUGAAGAAGAUUUGAGGAGAAGUUCUUAUUAUAGACCUCCACCACCUGGGUACAAUUUCGCAGCUCCACCGCCCGCAGACGAUAUGUCAAAACCACUCAAUCGAUUUAAUAAUAAUAGUAAACGUAAUCGUAUGAAACGUGCAAAUACUAUAGACAUCGGUAGACCUCUUGGUGGAUAUAAAAUCGAUAGUGAUACAGAGGAUGAAAAUACUAAUAAUCAAGCUCCAAAGGUUCCGGAAUUCCAACCACAAACAGAAAAUGAUAGAAAGUUCCUAGCAUUCAUACAGAAAAAUCAAGAUAAUCGCAACACUAGUUCCGUUGGACAAGCUAAUUGGAGCAAUCGGUUCGGUAACAUUAAAAAUGCAUUCGAAAAUCGCGAGAAGGAAGAAAAUAAUAGAUCUUCUAGUGCCUCUUCAGCCAAAAGAUUUUGGCAAACUACAAAUGAUACUUCUCACUCACUUGCACCGCGGCCACGAAAAUUCUUAGCUGACAUUACACCUGAAAUAGUAAAACCACCGUGGGUAUCCCAACGUAGGGACUCCUUACGAAACCAAUUUCCAGCGCCAGCGCAAAUAUCUAAACAAUUAAACAGCACCCCCGCGACACAGCCACAAAAUAAACAAAUCGUAAAGCCUUUCGUUGCGAAACCAAUACCAGUCAAUCAAUUUUCUCAUGCACCAAUGUCUGCAUUCAAGCCCCCACAAAAAAUUUUAUCACCUACAUCAGCUCCACCAAACGUGUGGAUUCCUCCAUCUUCGAGCGUUCCUGUUUCACCGUCUGUCGAUAACCCGACAAUUGCCCCAAAAAUUUUAAAUUCUCUAAGCCCCAUUUCAUCUACACCUCCAUCUCGCACAGCGCCCAAUUUUGACCAAUCUAGAAAAUCUUUGGGAUCGACUGUAUCAAAAUUUGAAAAUGACAAAUUUGAAUCACAGCCAUCAGUGCCCAAACAAUAUGGCUACCACCAGCCCACGGCUCCGACUCACGUACGCACACAAGCUCAAAACUAUCCAAUUAAACCAAUACCGAGUCAAAAUGAAUUGGCAGCCCCUGAAUUAGUCAAAAAAUUAGACGAAUCCAAAAACGUUCUAAGUCCAGAACCCUAUGUACCAAAAGUAGAUGCGCGGCAGCUCCAAAUUGAAUUUUAUGAAAGACAAAUUAGAGAAAAAAACCGACGAGAAGCAUCAAAUGAGCGUCGCGAUAUUCCAGUUCACAAACCGCCUGCUCCCCCGGCACCCGUUUAUACAAUAGUCGAUUAUACGCCUCAAAACGGCACCGCUACAUUUGUGCCUCUACAACAGACGCCCGAUAUAGAAAAGGCGAAAGCUCACAAAGUGGAUUAUCUGCCGGAUGUUGUUAUGAAUGAAACAAACAAUUAUAAUUAUUCUUCAUCACCAAAAACACGUGUAGCACCCGCCAGUCCAUCGAAACCGCCAUCAAAGAUACCUCAAAAGCAACAGAAUGGAGUCGCCCAUGUGAACCACUGCGACGAUGGAACGGCAACAGAACACGACAGUGUCGUGACACGCGUGAUGCGCGGUCCGGUGCGAGGCGCCGCCACCAUCACGGCGGGCGUCCGCACCCGCGGCGCCGCUGACAGCCUGCGGGGGGUGCUCGACAAAAUCUCCACCCCGAAACAUGAGGUCAUCUCGCAAAUCGAAAGAAAGAAACGCGACAUGGCACGAAACCAGGUACGGCAGCCGGCCCCGCCUUCUAUUCGCCCCGGCCUCUCUCCCCCGCACGCCCCCUCACCGCCCCGCCCGAACCAAGCAUUCGAAUACGAGGGAUAUCCUCGCUCCCCAGCUGGCCUGCGAAGUCCCGCGCUCGCCGCAUCUCGCGAAUCGGUUUUCUCUAGCGAGUCGCCCGGCAGUCGCGACUCGAGCCCCGGCACCGCUCUAGCUCGCUCCGGAUCCUGGCACCGAUUCGGAGAGUUCGGUCCGAAGGCAGCCUCGCCGCGAAAAGUUGUCGCACGCACGAAGUCGAUGCACCUUCUAGCCGUUCCGAAAUUAUUUGAAGGCGGAAUCGCCAACGAGGAGCUCCCGGAGAAAAAGCGGACAGUCGAGGCGUACUUCACCGGGCGAGCGACGUCCACUCGCACCAGUAGUCAACAAACCGCGCACUCACCGGGUCGCGGGCGCCCGGCGCGGCCCUCGCAGCCGCAGGCCUUCGCCCUCGGCCGCAGCCGGACGAUGCCGACCGUGUCCGAGCUGCAGUUCCUGGACGAGAGCAACGCCGACGACGCGUUCGAGGACCUCGUGUCGGCGCUCGCGUAGCUCAGACAUUCCACUAGUAGGAGAGGGACACGAGCGAGACGCGCAGGAAGAGGAAGUAACGACGGUAACAUCGAGCGCGAGGA